AUUUUAGACGUGUAGAAAGGGAAACCACUCACAGUUGAACUUCUAUGUCUGUGAUAAUUGAUCUUCAUAUUAAGAUUUUUAAAACUGGAGAAUGAAAGAUUCUUAGUAACCGUAACAAUGAAAUGUUCAUUUUUAGAGUUUUUUUUUUCUUUGUCAUUACUCUGCAAACAGGUUUGAUAAUGGGAGCAUCCUUUUUUGUAACUCCAUCUACCCAUGAAAUCGAAUCUGCUUCAGAUGAAUCAGAUAACGUGGAUCUGAAUGUUCAGAUUUUUCGAGGGUUGUGUAGAACUCUUUUCCUUCUAGAUCAGGGACUCGUUUGCUCCUCAACUUGUAAUACAGAAACAAUGCAAGAUGGUACCUUCCUGAGCUAUUAUCUUCUCCAACCAUCAGCGGGAGGGCCAAUGCUUUUGAGGAGGCUUGCCUCGUCGGAGGAAAUAUUACCCAUUCCUGAGAUAGCUCAGACAAGUGAAGUAGCCAUACCAGAGGAGGUAGAGAACUCUAUUCGAGCCUCUUUGACAAAGGUUGAACUAAGAGACUACAACCCUCUUCAACAUGAAAGAGGUUUUCAUGCUAAACUUAACUGGCUGGUGAAGGAGAGCUUGCAAUUUGGGUCGAUUACUUCACUCUGUGUUCCAGCAAAUCCAGAACUUAACCUCAAUGAUCUCCAGCAACAGCCAUUAACUCAAGUUUCUGAAGGACAGAUGUCUCUCAACCAACACAAGGAGAAGACCUCUUCUUGUUUAACCGAGGAGUGGGAGCGGCUUCUCAUUGUAGAUGAAUUGACUAGCAGCUCACCCCCAAGUUUUCCUAUCCCCAGGACUAAAACAUCAAAUCUAAGGGCUCAGGCUAAGCCUCUGGAUGAGAAAACUUCAAGAAUUCUGGAGAGAUUGGAAGCUCCAAAGCAACAAAUCCCGACGAAUUUCUUGAACGAGGAGAUGAAAAAGCCAUUACUGCCAUUUAAUUCAAGCUCAAGUCAGCCACUAAAACCCAACUUUCAGAAGUUGAAAAGAAAGCAAAGGUAAAGAUAGACUUCAUUUUUGUUACUCGCAAACUAAGUAGUUAUGUUUGCUUAAUGCCGAUGGUAGAUGAAAACUCGUAAAUAUAAAAUCGCAUAUGUGCGCAAAUCGGGAACAUAUAUGAUGCCACUUUUCUGAAGCUAA